UGCAGUUUUGCUUUAUAGGGGGUGUGGGGGAGUCAGAAAAGCAGUCAGUAUCUGAUGUGACCAUCAUUUGCCUCAUGCAGUGCAACACAAAUCCUUCGCAUUGAGUUGUUUGGGUUGUUGAUUGUGGCCUGUGGAAUGUUGGUCCACUCUUCAAUGGCUGUGCAAAGUUGCUGGAUAUUGGCAGGAACUGGAAUACGCUGUUGUAUAUGCCGAUCCACAGCAUCCCAAACAUGCUCAAUGGGUGACAUGUCCGGUGAGUAUGCUGGCCAUGCAAGAACUGGGAUGUUUUCAGCUUCCAGGAAUUGUUUACAGAUCUUUGCAACAUGGGGCCGUAAUGCUGCAACAUGAGGCUAGCCCAUACCAUAACCCCACCCCCACCAUGGGCCACUCGAUUCACAACGUUGAUACCAGCAAACCGCUCUCCCGCACGACGCCACGCACGCUGUCUGCCAUUUGCCCUGAACAGUGAAAACCGGGAUUCAUCCGUGAAGAGAACAUUGAAUUUUGUGCAGAAAUUAUUUGGUUAUUCAAACCAAUUGUUGCAGCAGCUGUCCGGGUGGCUGGUCUCAGACGAUCCCGGAGGUGCACUUGCUGGAUGUGGAGGUCAUGGACUGGUCUGGUUACGCGUGGUCUGCAGUUGUAAGACAACUGUUAGUGUGUUGGCGGGUCUGGCUGGGCUCAUAUCGGUGUUGAAGACGAUCAGCUGGAAGAGGAGGAUCGCCUCAGAGGUCAUUGACUUGAGGGUCAUUUUGACAUUUAUUUUGUUUUACGCUGGAGAUCUGGCCAAUGUUUUCCUCACCAUCUCCGUGGGAACGUCAUUCUACUGGCUAAUGCUGUGCAAGGCCCAAAAGCGAGUGCCUGUGAUGUUUCCGCUGCCGGAUCAAGAGGAGCACUUGGUGAAGUACAUCAUUUGUGCCUUUGCUCUCAAGGCGGUCCAGUUCCUCCACAAGCUGUCCAUCCAGUUAUCUGUUGAUGUCUUCUUUCUUGACUGGGAGAGACCACGGACCACAGCGAAAAAGACUGUGUCAGCCAAUGGUGAGCAGAAACAUGAUAUCUCCCCUGUCAGCAUCUGGAGGACAUACUUUGUGGCCAACGAGUGGAAAGAGAUCCAAACCCUCCGGAAGAUUUGGCCGACGUUUCAGAUCAUGGCUGUGCUCUUCUGCCUUGAAGGGUUGGGUUUCUCUGAAUACACGUUAAAGGACCGCACAACUUCAUACAGCCGGAUCUUGCGUUAUGGCCUUGCAACAACACUCUGGCUUUCCAUUGGAUUUCUGCAGAUCAUUUUGUCGGUCUUCUACGAGAUUUGUGUGGACGAUAAAAUCCGCCAGUUUGUAGAUCUCUGCUCCAUCAGCAAUAUUUCAGUACUGCUGUUAUCUCACCGUUGUUUUGGCUACUACAUCCAUGGACGCUCAGUGCAUGGCCACGCUGAUACAAACAUGGAGGAAAUGAACAACAACCUGAGGAGAGAAGCGGAGACAAGGUGUGGUCAAAGAGGUCUUCUUCCCAACACAGACAUCCAGACGUUUCAGGUGGCCCUUUCCACACAGCUGCGAUCCCAUUAUGACAGGAUACAGGAGUCCUUCAUUACGAGAUACAGACCGUCACGGCUGAUGGACCCGAACUCUGCCAAUCAGCCAGAUCAAAACAUCCGGGCUUACCAUGCCAUGAACCACUUCCUGGGAUCCGUCAUAGAUCAUGCCCACCCUGACGUGGACUACUAUGUGAGGGACAAACUGACCUUAGAGAGGAUCAUGGGCAUGGAGUUUCUUGAACCAAAGGACAAGAGCAUCUUUUAUAAUGAUGAAGCCCACACCUUCAGUAAUGUGCUCUUCUACGGACAUGAGGGCACCCUGCUGAUUUUUGACACGUUGUUCUUUUGCAUCAUUGACCUUGCAUCUCAGAACUUUGUACUAGCAGCCGUGCUGACGUACUUGGAGCAAGUGAUCUUUAAAAAGAUCCGCGUUGGUCUCGGGAAGAAGAAUUUGGUCUUCAAAAGUCAAGUGGAUGAGAGGUUUUUUACGUAAAUAAUAGGGUAAUAACUCAUAACUAUAAAAGGUCAGUGUCUUUAAUUUUUUUGCUGAUUCCCUUUUUAGACAAUACAGUUUGGAUUUCAAUUUGUUUACUGUAAUGUUAUGUAUAAAACAUGACAAUAUUGAUUAAAAUGUGUAUUUAUUCAGGGUUGCACAUUGUGUAU